GCGUUUUGGGUGAGGCUGCGAGCGUCGGUAAAUACCUACCUACAAUAUUACGUCCGCCGCCGUCAAAGAAGAGUACAUACAUUCUACAGCUGUUCGCGAAGACGAUAUUCCGCGAGGACUUUUUUUUCACACAGCAGAAGAAGGCGAAGAGAAGUAGAGAAAGGGUUCUUGCAGCAAGGAAGGGAGUUAGGGAGACCAGGUCAGCGGUCAACGGUUACAGGCUUUCUUCUUGGGGGAAAGGAGAGGACAGCUAAGCAGAGAGAGAGAGAGGUGCUAAGAUGGGUGCGAGCGUCUCGUGGUUAUCGGGGAUGCUGUGGGCGAAGAAGGAGAUUCGGAUUUUGAUUUUGGGUCUGGAUAAUGCGGGAAAGACGACGCUUCUUUAUAGACUCAAGAUUGGAGAAGUGGUUACGACGAUACCGACGAUAGGAUUUAACGUCGAGUCCGUUACAUACAAAAAUCUUAAUUUCAACGUCUGGGAUCUCGGUGGACAAACUUCGAUUCGACCUUAUUGGCGAUGUUACUAUGCCAAUACAGCAGCUGUGAUCUUCGUUAUCGACUCGACGGAUAUCGAUCGUCUGGGCACAGCUUCGGAAGAGUUAGCAGCGAUGCUGAACGAGGAUGAGCUGAAGGAUGCGGCGCUGUUGGUGUUUGCAAAUAAGCAGGAUCAGCCGGGUGCUAAAGGUGCGGGCGAGAUAAGUGAGGCGUUGAAGUUGGCAGAGUUGAGGGACCGGAAUUGGAGUAUCGUGGCUUGUAGUGCGGUGGAUGGUAGGGGUGUGGAUGAGGGGAUGGAUUGGCUGGUGCAAACUGUACAGCAAGAUUCGUAAAGAAAGAAUUUACUGGUACAAAAAGCCAGCUUGUAUCAUCACCGCAUUACUGCUAUUGGGUAAAACACGACUGGAAAACACACUACCUGAAUGCAUCACGAAGGGAUGAAUGGGAAGAAAGAAGGGAGAGUGAAAAAUGCCUCAGCUCAUAAGCCAAAGGGGUACCAAGCAGAGGUGAAGAAUGAUACGAUAGAUGAUGAGAUCCAUAUGAGGCGCUUUAGCAUUUAACUUAUGGAGUAUGGCGGUGUUCUUAUUUCGCUUUUGUAAGUGUGCAGUGUAGCUGGACUCUCCUUGAUCAGUACGGUAGGUAUACGUGAUAUAUAUACAGAUAUUCCUCUGUCUUUAGAGAGUCAAGGCCCCGAAAGCCGGGGAAAUC